UGGGAAGACAGGACUGUGGCAAAAAGGCCAACAAAUGCCUAAGUACAGUAGCAGCUGUUUUCAGAUCUAUUUUACCGCCAAGCAGGAAUGCAGGCCCACUGUCGGAUCAUUAUUUAUUCCGAGGCCGGAUUUCUGGCUUUCUUGCGAGAUCUCCUGAUUUUUAAGUAUUUCCAGUCAAAACAAGACUGCCUUCAAAUGCAGCCCACCAGCAGCGGAUUUGCAAACUCUAGCGUAAACAAAAGUGGGAGGCUGAUGAGGCGGGUAAUACCUUAGUUAGACAAAGACAGCCGAGAAACAAGGAAUUUUUAUGUAAGGCGAGAAUGAGGUUCUCCGCCGUAGGGUUUGGGCUUGAGGGCCGGGACUCCCGGAAAGACGCUGGAAAUAAAUGCUGGGUGGCGUCAAAGCAGAGCAGGGCCAGGCGGCGGGAGGGCGCGCUGCCGUCCCAGUUGUGGCUGGCCACUCCACCCAGCGCUUUUGGGGGUUUCUCAAGCAGCGUCCACACAAUGGUGUAGGGCGGUAGGGGCUGGCCGGGAUGAAGGGGACGACUGGCUGCGCAUUCCCUCACCAGCUCCUUUAGAGCCAAGUGGGCCGCAGGAAAUCACCCAACCCUUUCCCCGCUUCCGGAAGACCCUCCUCCUCCCAGGCAAAGCUUCCCGCUCGGCGAUCUACUUCUUUCCCUACUCAGGCCCCUCCCCGCUUCCCCAGUCCUACGACUUCCGUUUGCCUGGUCUUUUGGGAAACAGCCGACUUCCGGCCUCGCAGCGGUGGGCGGAGCUAAGAUGGCUGAGCAGAGACUCGCGACGAGAACUCAGUUUCCUGCAUCUGCUGAAUCUCUAAAACCCCGGCUGAAAAAAGAGUUUCCUAUUUUGGAGAAGCAGAACUGGUUGAUACAUCUCCACUAUAUCCGGAAGGAUUAUGAAGCAUGCAAGGAUGUUAUCAAAGAACAGCUUCAGGAAACUCAGGGGUUAUGUGAAUAUGCUAUCUAUGUCCAAGCAUUGAUAUUUCGCCUGGAAGGAAAUAUCCAAGAAUCCCUAGAACUCUUUCAGACUUGUGCUGUUCUCAGCCCUCAGUCUGCUGAUAACCUCAAGCAGGUGGCCAGAUCUUUAUUUCUUUUGGGAAAACAUAAAGCUGCCACUGAAGUAUAUAAUGAAGCAGCUAAACUUAACCAGAAAGAUUGGGAGAUCUGUCAUAACCUAGGAGUUUGCUACAUUUACCUGAAACAGUUGGACAAGGCACAAGACCAGUUGCACAACGCCCUACAUCUUAACAGGCAUGAUCUGACUUACAUAAUGCUGGGCAAGAUCCACUUGCUGGAGGGAGACUUGGACAAGGCCAUCGAAAUCUACAAGAAAGCAGUGGAGUUCUCACCAGAAAAUACAGAACUUCUCACAACUUUAGGAUUACUCUACCUCCAGCUCGGCAUUUACCAGAAGGCAUUUGAACAUCUUGGAAAUGCACUGACUUACGACCCCACCAACUACAAGGCCAUCUUGGCAGCAGGCAGCAUGAUGCAGACCCAUGGGGACUUUGAUGUUGCCCUCACCAAAUACAGAGUUGUAGCCUGUGCUGUUCCAGAAAGUCCUCCACUCUGGAAUAACAUUGGAAUGUGUUUCUUUGGCAAGAAGAAAUACGUGGCAGCUAUCAGCUGCCUGAAACGAGCCAACUACUUGGCACCCUUCGAUUGGAAGAUUCUGUAUAAUUUGGGCCUUGUCCACUUGACUAUGCAGCAGUAUGCAUCAGCCUUCCAUUUUCUCAGUGCAGCCAUCAACUUCCAGCCAAAGACGGGGGAGCUCUACAUGCUCUUGGCUGUGGCUCUGACCAAUCUGGAAGACACAGAGAACGCCAGGAGAGCCUACGCAGAAGCAGUCCGCCUGGAUAAGGGUAACCCUUUGGUAAACCUGAACUAUGCUGUGCUGCUGUACAACCAGGGAGAGGAGAGGGGCGCCCUGGCCCAGUACCGGGAGAUGGAGAAGAAAGUCAACCUACUCAAGGACAGUAGCUCUCUGGAAUUUGACCCAGAGAUGGUGGAGAUGGCCCAGAAGUUGGGAGCUGCUCUCCAGGUCGGGGAGGCACUGGUCUGGACUAAACCAGUUAAAGAUCCCAAAUCAAAGCAGCGGACCACUUCAACCAGUAAAGCCGCCAGUUUCCAGCAGCCUCUGGGUUCUAAUCAAGCUCUAGGACAGGCAAUGUCUUCAGCAGCCGCACAUAGGAAGCUCCCCUCAGGUGCCGGAGGAACAUCCCAGCUCACAAAGCCACCAUCUCUUCCUCUGGAGCCAGAGCCCACUGUGGAAGCACAACCAACUGAAGCAUCAGCACAAAUAACAGAAAAAUAGGUGUAGGAUGAACCCAGAGUUGGGGUUUCUUUGGCGAGGAUGUUCCAGAUUAGGAAAGGUCCCAUGACACAGGCAGCACGGAGGCCAGCACGUUCCCUGGGCAUCGUGAACUAGAACGCAGAACGUGCUAUGAUGAUCACGAGGAGCCUGAGGCCUACGCAGUCCCCUGCUGCCCCAUCAGCUAGGAAGGAGAGAGAAGAUGGCCCAGACAGGUUCCCUAAGAAUUGAGAGCAAGGCUUCGGCUCUAUGUAUGUAGUGCCAAGAGCCAGCAGGGCAUGUGAUGCUAUCUGCGUUGGAAAGGACUUUAUCUCCUGGCUGGCUGACCCCUUCCUCUGUGGAAGGAAAGUCUGAGACAGACCUCUGCGCAGUAGUCCUGUCAUGACAUAGCCUUGUCUGUCUUAGCUGAGCUGAUCCUUGGGCUGUGUGGUAUAUCAGCCACUGAAGCAAACACAAAUCUUGGAUUAAUAAUCCAGCUCUAAUAGUCUAAAUUUAAAAGAAAAAAAAAUAAUGAUGAAACAAGCUCUUUAAAUUGAGGCCCAACCUAUUGAGUAUCCCAGCUGCACUUGCCCAAGAGCAUCCAGAACAAGUCCCUAUAUCUUGUUCUUGAGAGAUCAGAGUGUAGAGCCAGAUCAUGUCAGUAUGAAAAGAAGUAGAGAUGAAGGGCUGGUCUGGUAUCAGCACCAAGGAUUUAAAAAAAAGGAAGAGCUGCUUAACUGAGGAAUUUUUAAUUUGACAAUCAAUGAUACCACUGACCAGAUGUUAUCAAUACAUUAUAUAUACUUUUCAGAAUAAAGAUUAUGUAUCAUC